AUGGCCAAGAAGAAGGAGCAAGAGAAGGGACAGCUCAAAUCAUGCAUGUCCAUCAAAGUACGGCAUAUCCUCUGUGAGAAACAGAGUAAAGCACUACAGGCCCUUGAACGGCUCGAUGCAGGCGAUAAAUUCAAUGUCGUAGCGAGUGCCUUUUCAGAAGACAAGGCCAAGACGGGUGGUGAUUUAGGUUGGAUGCCGCGUAAUACGAUGGCAGGUCCGUUUGAAGAGACAGCUUUUGCAUUGGCCAUUUCGACCAUAGACAAGCCCAUCUACUCUGGCCUGGUGAAGACACAAUUCGGCUAUCACAUCAUCAUGGUCGAGGCCCGCAAGUAG